UUAAUUUCUCAUCCACAAAUUCCAAACAGGCCGUUAGUCAGGAAAGUCGUCAUUUUCCGGUUGUCAUCUUCGACUCUCUCGCUUGUUCUCAACUUCCAGUCUUCUAUGGAUAUCUUCCUCUCCGAACAAGAGAUCUCUUCCUAAACAAAAAUCCCAUCUCUCUCUCUCUCUAACCCCGUACUGAAAUCGACAUGUGGAGAAACUCGCUGAGUUUCUCUUCUAAACUCCUCAGCUCCUCGAACCCCAACUCCGGAUCCACCUUCCUUUCCUCAGCGAUUUCCACCGCUAACUAUGCCUUCGGGAGAUCGCUCUCUCACUCACCUUCGUCUACUGGCGACCUCAAACUAGGGUUUCCGAAACUCGACCGGAUUCCGUCAUCCGGAUUCGCCUCUUCCGCUGCAACAGCAAUCGAUGCGUCGCUGAGGGCGAGGGAUGUGGUGGACUUGGCUCGGCACUAUGGCCGGUGUUAUUGGGAGCUAUCUAAGGCUCGCCUGAGCAUGCUUGUGGUUGCUACUUCUGGGGCUGGAUAUGUUCUUGGGAGUGGCAGUGCAAUUGAUUAUAUGGGGCUUUGUUGCACCUGUGCUGGCACCAUGAUGGUUGCAGCAUCUGCUAACUCCUUAAAUCAGGUCUUUGAGAUAAACAAUGAUGCUAAGAUGAACAGAACAAAGAAUAGACCACUGCCCUCAGCGCGUAUUACCGUGCCUCAUGCGGUCAGCUGGGCAUCUUCCGUUGGUGCAGCGGGCACUGCUUUGUUGGCAUGCCAGGCUAAUAUGAUGGCAGCUGGGCUUGCAGCUUCUAAUCUGUUUCUGUAUGCAUUUGUAUACACUCCUCUAAAGCAGAUACAUCCCGUAAAUACUUGGGUUGGAGCUGUUGUUGGUGCUAUUCCUCCCCUUCUGGGGUGGGUUGCAGCUUCCGGCCAGGUUUCACUCAAUGGAAUGGUUCUACCUGCGGCCCUUUAUUUUUGGCAAAUUCCUCAUUUUAUGGCCCUUGCAUAUUUGUGUCGCAGUGAUUAUGCUGCAGGAGGGUUUAGGAUGUUCUCUCUUGCUGAUGCUUCUGGUGAAAGAACCGCGUUGGUGGCUUUGAGGAAUUGCCUUUAUCUGAUUCCAUUGGGGUACUUAGCCUAUGAUUGGGGUAUUACUUCUGGAUGGUUUUGUCUUGAGUCAACACUCUUAGCUCUUGCAAUCACCGGAACAGCACUCUCGUUUUACCUAAACCGCACGACAAAGAACGCAAGAAGAAUGUUCCAUGCCAGCCUUCUUUAUCUUCCCGUAUUUAUGUCUGGGCUUUUGCUUCACCGAAUUCCUGAUAACCAACAGUUAGUGGAAGAAGAAGAGGGGGGGAUUGUUGAAAAUUUGUCUUCCUCAGAAACUCUGGCACAAGAGAUUGAAUUCAACGGCCAAAAAAAGGUGAAAUAUGCCAGUGUUGGUACUCAAGCCAGGCCGCCUGUAGCGUUUGCUUCUGUUGCACCAUUUCCUUUCUUGCCGGCUCCUAUUUAUCCUACCAACUAAUACAUAGUUUUCAGAUUUUUCAUCUUCAAUAAAUGAAGGCCAUUUUGUAUGCAAGCAAAUAUUACUUCCUGCGUUUACAUAAUUUUUGGGGGCCCCUUGGAUGGGGUUAAAUGAGUUUGUUUUGUUUGUUGGCUUCAGCCUUUCAGGUGUACGGAGCUCUCUUCAGUUGAUUUUUAGUGUGAAUAAACUGCUUUUACGUUGUCUUUC